CUUGGUGCUGAUUGGCUGCGGACGGUGAGGCGGUUUAAUGGAACUUAAAGUCGGCGUGAGAAGAGUGGAUCGUGGCAGAGCAAGAGGAGGAAAGAUGAGGGAUGUAGAAGAGCUCAGUGAUGUUGGAGCUGCCGUUCUCGCAAAGAAAGAUCAGGAUGGAGGAGAGGAUAAAGCAGGUCCGAAGAAGAAAGUGAAGGAGCUGAAAGUUCUCGAUUCCAAAUCGUCGCAGAACCUCUCUAUUUUCCUGGGCUCGAACAGAUUGCCUUAUGAGGAGAUGAAAAAUGCAAUUUUGGAGGUGAACGAGAAGGUGCUUACAGAGAACACGGUGCAGAGUCUGCUGAAGCUGUUGCCUGAGGAGGAGCAGCUAAAUGUGUUAUUAGAGUUGAAGGAUGAAUACGACGACCUCGCCGAGUCUGAACAGUUUGGAGUGGUGAUAAGUUCGGUGAAACGUCUGAAGCCGCGGCUCAACGCCAUCUUGUUCCGGCUGCAGUUUGAAGAGCAGAUAAAUAACGUGAAGCCGGACAUCGUGGCCGUGACUGCAGCGUGCGAGGAGCUGAUCAAGAGCGAUAACUUUUCCCAGCUCCUUCAGAUCAUCCUGCUCAUUGGCAACUACAUGAACGCCGGCUCACGUAACGCCAGAGCCUUUGGCUUCGGCAUCAGCUACCUGUGCAAGCUCAGAGACACCAAGUCCGCAGAUCAGAAGCAGACUCUCUUGCAUUUCCUGGCAGACGUGUGUCAGGAGCAACAUCCCAACGUCAUGCACUUCCCCGAGGAGCUUAUUCACCUGGAGAAAGCCAGCAGAGUUUCGGCAGAGACGCUGCAGAAGAAUCUGGAUCAGAUGGGGAAGCAGAUCAAGGAUCUGGAGAAGGACGUUGAGACUUUCCCUCCUCCCCAAAAUGACAAGGACAAGUUUGUUGAGAAAAUGACUAGUUUUGUGGCGACUGCCCGAGAGCAGUUUGAGAAGCUCAAGCUGAUGCACGGCAACAUGGAGAAGCAGUAUGAAGACCUGGGCAAAUACUUUGUGUUUGACCCCAAGAAGAUGGGCCCCGAGGAGCUAUUCGGGGACCUCAACAACUUUAGGAACAUGUUCCAGCAAGCCGUGAUCGAGAAUCAGAAACGCAAGGAAGCAGAAGAAAAGAUGCGCAAGGCCAAACUCGCGAAAGAGAAAGCCGAGAAAGAGAAAGAGGAGAGGCAGAAGAGAAUGAACGCCGGGCACUCACUCAACAUCAAUGACGAUGGCGACGAGACGGGUAUCAUGGACGGCCUGUUGGAAGCGCUUCAGUCAGGAGCUGCUUUCAAAAGGAAGAGAGGACCACGGCAAGCAGGAAAUCGGAGAGGAGCUGGUCAAGCAGUGACGAACAUUCUCGCCAAAGAACUGCUGCAGGAAGACCCCAAGCCUCAAGCCACAGCCAAAAAGACCCGACUGGACAAUGAAAGCAAAAAGGCAGAGUCAGCGGAAGACACAGGUUCACUGGAGGAUCUUUUGGACGAUGCCCCAGCACGGUCUAAUUAGGAACUUCCUAUAUUGACCCUCCCUUUCAUGCUGAAGGAGUCAAGGGGUUGGACAUUGUUUUGGCGCCAAAUGUGAUGGCAGGGCUUUCUUUGACCCACACCCCCAAGUAAGCCUUCAUGGCUUACCAUUGGCCAAUUUUACUGUAGAUGAGGGGCUCUGUCGGCCCUGCCCAUAAUUGGAGUUUAGGGAGUGCUGCCACAACACCUUUACUCAUCCACUGCCCUGUUUUCAUCACUUAUUUCGUAUCUUAUUAUUCAACACUUCCUUGAAGGUAAAAUCGGAUCAACCCAAAGAUAUGUUCUUAAACCCUGACACCUAUCAGGGGAUACAUUCCAGGAUAUUUCUGCACUUAUAUGUUUAGUUUCUUUGUACUCAAGUUGUUUAUCAAUACUUCGUAUCUACACACAGAAAUUGUUUGUUGUUGUUUUCUGGAGCCAAGUGUAGCUACUAUGCAAAACAUACUGUAUAUGGGGUGAUAAAGUGAAUUUCCAUUACAUUAGCACAAGCAAAGCAAAAAAGUGCCAACUGAUAGCAAAUGUACCUACCAGCAAACUGGUCAAUAAGAGUGUGCCUUAAGUGGAAUGGAAACCAAACACAGGCAGGUAUGUUCGCUGACCAUUUACUUGAUAGAGAAUGUGUGCGAGAGUGUGAGUGUGUGCGAGCGAGAGCGUGCGUGCGAGAGUGUGAGUGUGUGCAAGCGCGAGGGGCUGUGUGCGCGAGAGGGUGAGUGCGUGCGAGCGCGAGGGGGUGAGUGUGUGUGAGUUAUAUUGAAGGUCUGGUACUUCAUUGUGAGACUAUUUUCCCUGUGACAGUUCUGCUGUUUUUGUCUAUUUUUGUCCUUUAGAAAGCUCAAGCUGCACAUCUCCUAGCUAAAUCCAGAGUAGUCUCUCAUUAUAUCACCACAGUGAUAGUGGGGGUGUGUGUGUGUGUGCGCGCGCGUGUGCGUGUGGGAGCGUUUACACACUGCUCUGUAUAAUUACUGCACUGGAUAAACUGUCAUAAACAGUUCUACUGUGUGUAUAUCUGAGAGACAUGGAUGUGCUGAAUAUGUACUGAAUUUCCCGCACACUUAAUCGCCGCCCAGAAGGCGCUGCAGUCUUCGCCUGUUAUCCUGUCCAUGUUUGAUUUAAGACAGAUUUUGAGUUUGCUCGUGCCAGACGAACAAACAGUUCGUUCUCUUUAGCUGUCAGGGGGGAAAACACGCAUCAGUUUAAUACUGCAGUUAUUACUCUCUGUGUUCUCAGAUACAUCGCCGAGGUCCAGUAUUUCUGCUGGAAAUGAUCUCCCAUUCAGCAGAAUAUUACUCUCAGCUUAUCAACAUCUAAUCAUUUAAACCGUUUGCUGGAACAGUAUACACAUUAUACAUGUUAGAUGUCUGUAAGGGUUUUUAAACAGCAUCUUUGUCCUGAAUGUACCGUAACAUUGUCAUCAUAGGUCUUAAAACACUGGACACACGCUUAUUGACUGCAAGGCAUUCUGGAUGUUCUGCUGCAGUUAUGUGAACGUGCAGCUGCUUUCGAUGCGUCUCUGUUUUAUCCUGAGAAGGAGUCUUCCAUAGAACCCUCGGUACUGUAUGGACGAUUUUGUAGCACGUCUGUAAGGAUGAUUUAGCAGUUAUAAAGCCUCUACGCGUCGGCCGAGCCUUUAGUUUGAGCGUAGAGCACUUUUCAAAUCAGCUGAGGAAGAUUUAGCCAUAGAACUGACUCUCUCUCUCUCUCUCUCUCUCUCUCUCUCUCUCUCUCUCGCUCUCCUUUUGUUUUCACUCAUCUGGCAUUAAUACCUGGGAAUUAUUUGUAUAUGAGCUUCAUGUAAAGACUUGUAGACCAACAAAAGAAAGCGUGGAGAAAAAAAAAAUAGUUUUAAAUUGAUUUGCACCUCACAGUUCAGAUUUCAAGAGGUUUUUUUUAUGCUUUGCAUUUGCUAAUUUAGUAAAGCUCCACACAUCUAUCAAAAUAACAGAGAAAGGGUUCACUAUUAUAUUAAUGUCAAAAUAAAUCCAUUCCACAAAGUGAAAGUUUCAUUUCCAUGGGCGGAGUUUUUCAGAGCCCUCUGGAAGCCAGACGUUGGUUCUAACUGUAGGUCACUGAUGGAUGGAUUAGAGCCUCGCGGGGCAUUUACUGAACGUUCCUGUUCCAGUAUGAUAACUGUUGGAUUAUGUAAAAUGCUGGAGAGUAUCAAUACAUCACUGGGUUGUGAAAAAUACAAUGCAUAGUCUUUUUUUUUUUUCCAUUUUAUGGACGGAGUUUUCUAUCUAAAUUUUUAUUGAUUGUUUUAUUUUUAAGAGGAAUGAUGCAACUAGAAAUACACUUGGUCCUGUGUGUGUAUAUUGAAUUAUCUUUAGAUAAAUGAAUGCUUCCAAUUCUGUUCAGUCCUUGCCAUUAAAAAAAAAAACCUUUAGUAGGAUCUCA